AUGAGAGGGGACUCGCCAGCCCUAGGUAUUGGUUUGAAAAGGCACCAAGCCAGGCCUCUGUUCUUGAUGACUGUAGUGUUGCAGCUCGUCCAUCAGGGAAACAGUUAUCAGAGAGAACCUGACAGUGUCAGACAAGUCAGCAAUAUCCUGUCUCCAAGCCUCCCAGGGACGACUCUGGAUGGGACCUUGAGUGAUUCCAGCAGAAUGAAUGGCAGCCAGGAGGGCUGGCGCCCACGGGACUCCCCUCCUCACUCCCGUACUUUUGGCGAGAGUGCGAUCCCUGGAUCCCGCUGCUGCUAUAAUGGAGGCACCUGCGUUCUGGGCAGUUUUUGCGUGUGCCCUGCACACUUCACUGGCCGCUACUGCGAGCACGACCAGAGGCGCAGAGACUGUGGCGCUCUGGGGCAUGGAGCUUGGACCCUCCACAGCUGCCGCCUAUGCAGGUGCAUCUUCUCAGCCCUGUACUGCCUCCCACGCCAAACGUUCGGCCACUGUGACCUGAAAGGCUUCCUCUCAUCAGGCUCUUCAGGGACCAGAGGGCCGAGUGCAAACGGUGCCCUGAGUCUUCUGAUGCUUGGCCUCCUCCUGCAGGGCGUGGCUGGUGACGGCUGAGGCUCCUAAGCCCAGUGACAGCGUCUCCUGGAGCUGCCAGGAGUCAUCCUUGGUUGCACAUGGCGCCGCAGCAUGCCAGCAGGAAGGCUGGGGCAGCAGGCAUCUGCUUAGAUGUUGUGUGUUGUAAAUAACAGAACGGCUGA